CAAGCGAAACGAUGUGAAGGGUAUGAAUAUGGGUGCGUGAGAUUGACCAUAUACCUAUGUCUACCUAGGUUUUUAAUCGACUUUCUUCUUUUGAUAUAAUGAACGUGGUACAUGCGUUUUGCUGGACUAGAAAACUUAACUGAACAUCUGAGAAACUUUGCAGCGUUCGGCCAAAAUUAUGAUGGAGACAGAGUAUUCCAAGAGAGUAUACCAAGGUGUAAGAGUCAAGCAUACUGUCAAAGACCUUCUAGCAGAAAAGCGAUUAAGACAAACAACUGCACCCAGAUUCAGUACAAGCGGCAGUUCAUCCCAGACAGCUUUUGUGCCAAUGCCUGGAUCUCAUGUGCUUCCUGGUUACUACAGUAUGAGAAGACCCUUCCUCCCAGACUCAGAGUUCUGCCAUCCCAUGAAGCAGUACUCUCCGGAUACUUAUUCUUCAGCGCUGGGAAGCAAGGCUUUUACGUAUGACCACCCAUCCAGUUACCCCUCUUUUAUUGACAGCUACUACAACCCUGACUCUUAUGGAGAUUACAGAGGGCCGACUUCAUAUACCACCAGUGGAGGGCCACUGUUUCCACCAUCUACACUACCAACACUACUGCCAUCUCUAACUGGAGAGGCCUCGUCACACCUACUCUUGAGAGACCCCUGGGAUCAGCCAUCUGAGGACCCAGUCAGUCAACCAGAAGUCAUUUGUCCUGAGGGCCCAACCCCAGUGCCAGACUCACCAUCUCUGGGAGGGCCUGACUCUGGCGGUUCCUCGCCGUACCGUCUAUCGUCAGGCCGCAGCGGGAACUCCAUUCCCUCCAGCUCUCAGCCUUACACUCUGCAGCCUCUGGAAGACGUUCCCUACUCAGCGGCUUCCUACACCUCUGCCUCCAGCUACUCCUGCCCGCCAUACAUGACAACACCUGGGGAUCUGGCUGUGGUGAAGAUGACACCUGUCACCUCAGAGGAGGCUAGCGGUGGAGAAGUGUCUCUCAGUGACACAACAUCCUGGGCAAAAGAUGAUGGAACCGGCACCUGGUUGUCAUAUGAGACUAGGAGGGCUUUUUGAGACGCAGAAGUGUCAAAACAAAAGCAUUUUACUUGGACUGUGGACUGUUCAAUUGUGAUUAUGCAGCCCCUGUGGAGACAAUAAGUAAGGGAUAAUCCACAGCUAGCCGUGCGUUAAAGGGUUUUAAUGCACGACGUGGAGGCCAAGAACCACCCGACGUGAAGCGGAUCAUGCCUCUGCGAAGUGCAUUAAAAUCCUUUAAUGCACGGCUAGCUGUGGAUUAUCCCGCUUAUACCAUGGUCAUUUGCCAAGUUAAAUCUUUUAUUGAUGUUUACAGUGAAAUUUUAGAGCAAACAGGUGAAAAUUACAGUGAUUUUGUCAGUUAAAUUUCAAAUGUAAUCAAACUUACUGGAGCUACCUGUGCGUUAAAGGGUUUUAAUGCACACCUUCCAGCCAAUCAGAAUCGGGUAUUCAAAAAGACCAUGGUAUAAGGAGAUGAUAGCCAUGAAUAUAACAUAAUAUAGUGGUAUAUGUGUGUUGUUGUGUGACAAUAUGUUUAUUUCUCAUGGUAUAGAUGAGAAAUAUUGAAGUUACAAACCAAUUUUUUAAACUCUACGGCACGAAGAUAAAACAAAGAUAUGUGCAGAUAGUUCAGUUCAUGCUUUAUACUUAUGCAUAUUUAUAUUUGGAAUGAAUUGGAAAGAAUGCACUUAUUUUUCUGUAUUUCGUUUUUGGUCAAUUGUAACACCAAUCAUUAAAGUAAAUUAUCUUAAAUCAAACAGUACCAAAGAACACCUUUGAGAGAAUGGGCAAUGGAAAUGAUGGCUAGCAAGUUACUUUUUUAAACAACGCAUAUCUUAGAUUAGUCUGUUGUCAGGAAUACCACAUUUAAAAAUAAAAAAAGUUUUGUGCUUAAAUAACAUUUAUAGUGUGUCGUGUUUAUAGAACAGUACAGAAACAAACCCUUCAUUGUGUAGACUUGCUGUUCUGUUUACGUUAAGAAUUAAACUAAUGUAUUCUGAGCAUUCUUUGUGA